CUCGCCGACAAGCUCGCCACGACCCCUCUCACGCUUUUUCGCAGCGUCUCAUGGCUCUCAGGACUACGCAAACCAUCCGCUGAAGCUCAUCCGCACCCAAACCGACUACUACUACCACCACCACCAUGGCGACGACGCUCCAGAAGCAGCUCGCGGCCAUUGCCGCUUCGAGCACCCAUCAACUAGAUCUUAAAGCGCAAAAGUCGGCGCAUGGAAAGUCGCUUCUCUUCGAUCCCAAAGUCGCCGCGUCCCAGUCUUUCGAAAACCUCUAUCUCAUAUGCUACGAUGGCUAUCGGCAACUCUGUGCCCUCGACUCGCGCUUCCUGCACUUUUCAAAGAGCCUGUUUAGCGAACAGAGCAAAAUUGAGGACCGCACGCAGAUGACCCAAGAGGAGAAUGACAAGCUUAACCGCGUACUGGAGGCAUUUAUUACACUGGUGGGGCCUAGGCUGUUGCUCAAGCCGGCCGAGAAGGCCUUGGAGUGGCUUGUGAGAAGGUUUCGAGUACACGAAUACAACACGCAGUGCUUGGCCUUCACGUACCUCCCAUAUCACAACACCCCACAAUUCCUCUCGCUCCUCUCCAUACUCCCUCACACGCCGCCAGCCGCGCUGCGAUUCCUCUUUCCCUAUAUCCAGUCGCCAACAAACGUCCCGCGACGCACCAUCGCAUACACGGCCAUCAAUACCCCAGUCUUCUUCGAUGCAUACCAAUCAUACGUGGCUAAGGUGUUGGAAGCGGGCCACCAGGCCUCCCAUAUGCUCUCGUUCUGGUCCAGCAUCACCGUGGAAGCCAUAUUUGGCAUACUAAGCAACUCGAGCUCUGGCAGGAGAGACAUUCAUGAGCAGAAGACCGAGGACUUGGUUCUGAGGGUCCUCCCCGUCCUCAACAGCUGCAUGCGGGCCAAGCAUGGAGCAGAGGCUGUCACUGCUUGCUACACAAUUGUCAUAAUACUCGUCAAUCAGGCGAAGCUGGGGGACAAGAUCCUUGAUGGGCUCAUGGAAGCUGUCAUUCUGGCGCAUGAUGAAGCAUCCAUGAACGAAUGUCUGGCAUGCCUUUCUAUCAUCGCUAGGGAGCGAUCCAAAGCUGAGAUUCCGGAAAAGGUGUACAAAAGGCUUCUCAAAAUCCCGCAAAUACCUCAGAAGCUUUCGUUUGUCUCCAAACAGUGCCAGGUGGAGCGGCUUGUGCUGGGAGCUGCUCUAGGCGCGCUUCGUACUCUUGAUCAAUCGGACGAGAAGCGCAACAUCUUCCACGAGCUCAUCGAGUCGCAACUGCUCACAGAAGCGCACAUCCAGAUAGUCUUCUCGGCACUAAUUUCAAUGCUACGCGAUACUGCGCCAGGCUCAGAACAACAUGGACAAUUACUCGAUGUUGCUACGAAGCUGGUUGAAUGCAAGACACUCCUGGAUCUAAUGCAGGCUACUGCGAAGCAAAGUAACGUGGACCUCGAAUCGCUGGGGCUGCCCAUCGAGCAGCCUUCGCAAGUUGAGCAGACGAACGGUGUAGACACGGAAGACGAAGAGAUGCUCGACACAGAUGAGGAGGUCGCCUUGACAGUAGAGAUUCCAGACUUCAGAGUAACAAGCUUCCUCGAUCCCAAGUCGGAUAUCUGGUUCGUGGAGAUCGCCAACGCCUUUGAGCAAGCUGUCGCCUCCAAGCAGACCAAACAAUUUCUCGCACUAAAACCGCUUGGCCAAGAAGACGCGUUACAUCACACGAGGUACAUUUCCUUCUUGGUCCGGGUCUGGUGCAGCCCUCGCUCGGUCUCUGUUCGAGUCGCCGCUCUACGCGCCGCGACAACUCUUAUGCAGUCCAACACUGCAUAUGCCCUACAAAACAUACUUCCCUAUAUACUGCAUGCGCUAGCCGAUCCAUCGCCGCUUGUGCGUCGUGCUGCAGCUUCCUGUGUUGCCGCAUUAUCAGAUAAGACCCCGGCGGAGAAGGAAACCCAAGUAUGGGGCAGUUCCGACAUGUAUGGCAACUCGUCUAGUAAGAUCAUUGGGCUAACAGAGGAGGAGGUGUCAACGAUUUUGUCCACCUUGCUCAAGCCCAUCCUCGAGGAGUGUGUCAUGGAUCCCCAUUUCGUCAUCGCAGCAAUUCGAGAAAUGCUAGAAGGCUCGCAAUCCUCGAGGAGUCUCCCCAAAAAUGCAAUCAAAGCGCAAUUACGGGCUUCAAUACUGGCCUUUUUCGCGAGUCAUGCUAGUCUCACGCCAUUAUUGAGAGUCCAGCUCUGUCUUCUACCCAUCUUCAACUUCUCCGGAAAGUCAUCAGAUGCCGUGCGCAGUAACACGAUCGUCCCGAUGAUUCGGUCGUGGUGCCUAUCUCCAGUCAUGGACGUAUCCAAGCAAUGCGACGCUGAAGGUAUUACACUCGAAGCAGCUGAUCGUCAAUACCUCGAUGCGCUACUCGCAAGAGAGGCGAAGAGUGCAGAAUUGCUACAAGACCUCGUCCACUUAAACUUUGGAGCCCGGAGAUCACUUGCAACUGCUGCCUUUGGCCGCAUCAGCUCAAUCUGGUCUGCAAUGAAGUCAGAGCCGAGGCUAUCUCUAGCUCAGUCUCUUCUAGAUGUGGCUUUGAGGGAGAGCAGCGAUCCAGUAGCCGUGGCAUAUCGCGGUCCAGCACUUGAGACGUUGCGAACUGUAAAGCUUGACUCUCUCACCCUUGUGACCUUCUUGGAAAAUGUGCUCUCUGCGGUACAGAUGCCCGAGGGUCCGCCUACAAAGAAAAGGCGACGAACGAGCCGGAGCGAAAUGGCUCGAGUAGAGCUAUCCUCUCAGGACGAUGUUCAACGGCUACUUCGAAGGCUCACCUUAGUUCUGGAAUUGAUCGAGGGGUCAACACCCGCACAGCAUCCAGCGCUGUUCAAGAGUCUCUUUACCGUAUUUGGUGAUCUUCAGCCGCUGAAGCAACAGUCGGGGUCAGAGCUAGUGUAUCUUCAGAGCAUCAUCCUAGGCUCUUUAACCCCGAUUGUGAAUGUAUUGAAGGAGCAACCAGAUACAGCCGAGUACCAGUCCGCCGUGCGUGCGGACCUCCUCAUCGACUGUAUCCGCCACUCGACCAGUCCACAAGUACAAAACAGUGCGCUGCUUCUGAUCGCUAACCUGGCAUCCUGGGUGCCGGACCUGAUCCUACACAACCUAAUGCCAAUUUUCACCUUCAUUGGCUCUACACUGCUUCGUCAACAAGACGAUUACUCUGCCCAGGUUGUGGACAAGACCAUUUCUCGUGUCGUACCACAACUGGCCGCUUCGCUGCGCUCAAAGCAUAAGAACUUCCUAACCGGCGUAUCCGAUCUUUUGCUUAGCUUCACCGCAGCAUUCGAGCAUAUCCCGCUACAUAGGAGGCUGAAGUUGUUCUCGGAACUCGCGCGAACGCUUGGUCCUGAAGACUCGCUCCCCGCAAUCCUUGCCCUUCUUGCUGAUCGCUAUCACAACAACAAGGCCCAGCGCAGAUUCAGCACUGAUCUGCUCCUUGUUUUUGAUCCGAUACACACACUCGAAGCUUUCAAGGGUUAUCUUGACCUCGUUACUGAUGCUGCUGGGCCAAAGCGUAAGGUCUCCGACACCUUGUUCGGCCUGAACGAGAAGCAGCCAGCUCAGGUAGAAUCCGCUCUCAGAAAUCUGCUGUCAUGCCUCGCAGACCUUGCAACCGACGAGCGAGUACGUGCCCAUGUCACCAGAGCCUUCAGACGGAAAGAGGAUUCUAGCAAGCCACGAGAGGUUUUCGCGAACAUUGUCGAGACCACAAUCCAGCUGUCCAAGAAGGUCGCAACGUCAGCGAAGCUACACGAUUGCUGUAGCCGUGUGCUUGCUAAGUGCUUGGAUCUUCUCCCCACCACCGACCUUAUCAAGUCCGCAGAACUGCUCCUUGCGAACUCAGAUUCCCAGGUUCAAGUGGCAGCCAUCAAGUCCGUUGAGCUAAGGGCAGGUGGGACUCUGCAAAAUGACCGAAGAUCGAUACCAGCUCUGCUUUCAUUCCUGCCUAGCGUUGAGAAUGUCCUCCAACAAUCACAAGAGAUGGACGCCAAGAUCAUCUCGGUCAGCUGCAUCGAUCGCAUCAUCGAGCGGUUUGGCAAGAAGGAUGUGGAGGCCGUUGUAUCUGUGGCGCACACAAUCUCUGGUUCGCAGUCACUGUCUAGCAGCGACGAUAGGGUCCGCAUACUGUCCCUGCUCUGUCUGACUUCCGUUGUGGACGUCCUUGAAGAUGAAGCGAUCUCAUUACUGCCAACAGUCCUACCAACGGCAUUUGAGUACUUGUCGCACGCCAUCGAUGAGGAGAAGACUGGCCUGCACAAUGCUGUGUAUACUCUUCUUUCCAACAUCGUCGAGCGACUGGGUUACAUGUUUUCACGAGAGUAUCUUGAAACGGCGCUCAGGUUAUCAAAUCGCUCUGCUGAAGCUGACUUGGAGGAUGCAUGCGACGAAAGCCGUCGUAGCUUUUAUCAGAGCGUUUCGGAGCAUCUUGACGCACAGAGCGUAUUCGCGGCCAUCAAGUCGAGUUGGCCACAAGCUGUCUCUCAGGGCUUCAACGCAUCACUCGAGCACCUCGAGCUCCUCCGCUCCACGAUCGAUGGCCAGACCAAGACGAAGCUCAUCAAGGCGAGCUCAACCUUGUUCAGCCUACUUUUGCAGACUUUCCAUCUGCGAGAGGCGAUCGAGUCGCAAGAUGAGCAGGAUUUUGACGACGACGAGGUUGAACAGUUAGACAGCAUAUUUGUAGAGUCGGUUCUCGCCAUGGUCCUGAAGCUCAACGACGCGACAUUCCGGCCUUUCUUCGUACAGCUAGUGGAACAAGAAGGACCGCUAGCAGCAAGACCGCAGCGCGCCAUCACCUUCUACAAGUUCCUCGCGGCUUUCUUUGACAAGUUCAAGUCCAUCGUCACAAGCUACUCCAGCUACAUCAUCGACCACGUCGCAAAGAUGCUCGAACACCUCGCUCGCGACGACGUACAACCCGAGCUCCGCACCGCGCUGCUCACUGCCCUACAAAAGUCCUUCCAGCACGACCAAGACGCCUUCUGGCAAGCGCCCUCCCACUACACCACCAUCCUCGCCCCACUCCUCAGCCUACUCACCCUCCCCUCGGCAUCCACGUCCUCACCCGCCAACCCGACAAACAUUGCUAUCCCCACCAUUGCCGACCUGGCCGCUGCAUCGUCCUCGUCGAUUGACAAUCACCGCGAGAUGAACGCUAUCUUACUCCGGUAUAUGCGUGCUGAGGAAGCGCAUACAAGGCUUGCGACGGUACUGUGCGAGCAGGCGUUGACAAGGAGACUAGGCGAAGAGUGGUUGGGACUGUUGCCUGAGAUGCUGCCGUUUAUCAGUGAGUUGCGCGAGGACGAUGAUGAGAUUGUUGAGCGAGAGACGCAGAGGUGGAUUACGGGCGUGGAAGAGGUGCUCGGGGAGAGUUUGGAGGGUAUGUUGCAGUAG